CGUGUCUCCGGACGUCCCCGUUUCAGAGAGUCACCUUGCCCGGCCGCUGCUGUACCAGUGAGAGACCAGGGCGACCGUCUGGUCCAGAAGCACAUAGGCAGGCGGGAUUCUGCGGCCACUGACCAACCGGGGAAAAUAUGGCGGACGCAAAGCCCAAGACCUCUCCGAAGGCCAUCAAGUUCCUGUUCGGGGGUUUGGCCGGGAUGGGGGCCACGGUGUUCGUGCAGCCGCUGGACCUGGUGAAGAACAGGAUGCAGCUGAGCGGUCAGGGGACCAAGGCCCGCGAGUACAAAACCAGCUUCCACGCUCUCUUCUCCAUCCUGAAGAACGAGGGAGUUGGAGGCAUCUACACCGGUCUAUCUGCAGGUCUGCUGCGACAGGCCACCUACACCACCACCCGUCUGGGAAUCUACACCAUCCUGUUUGAGAAGAUGACCGGAGAGGACGGCCGGCCGCCCAACUUCUUCCUCAAGGCCCUGAUAGGUAUGACAGCCGGCGCCACAGGAGCGUUUGUGGGGACGCCAGCAGAGGUGGCCCUGAUCAGGAUGACGGCAGACGGCCGUCUGCCUCCUGACCACAGGAGAGGAUACACCAACGUCUUCAACGCUCUGGCUCGAAUCACCAAAGAGGAAGGAGUCACCACUCUGUGGAGGGGGUGUGUUCCCACCAUGGCGCGAGCGGUGGUGGUGAACGCCGCCCAGCUGGCGUCCUACUCUCAGUCCAAACAGGCGCUGCUGGACUCAGGGUAUUUCAGGGACGAUAUUCUGUGUCACUUCUGCGCCAGUAUGAUCAGCGGUCUGGUUACCACGGCAGCGUCGAUGCCCGUCGACAUCGUGAAGACGAGGAUCCAGAACAUGAGGAUGAUUGACGGCAAGCCGGAGUACAAGAACGGUUUGGAGGUGCUGGUGCGUGUGAUUCGGAACGAGGGCUUCUUCUCUCUCUGGAAAGGCUUCACGCCGUACUACGCUCGCCUCGGACCACACACCGUCCUCACCUUCAUCUUCCUGGAACAGAUGAACCGCCUCUACAAGACCUACGUCCUGGACCGCUAACGUGCACACAUGCACGCGUGCACGCACACACUGAGCACGCCUGGACUCUGGUUUAAAGGAGCAGUCUGGUGUUUCCAGGAAAUGGUGGACUGCUCCUUUAAAAUGAUCAAACACGGUUGGAUGAAGCUCAGUGACAUCAUCAGUGUUAAAACAGGAACUGACCAUGUCUCUCUCUCUCACACUAACACACACACACACACUAUUUAACUUCUUUUUGUAAGGAAAAGAAUGUAAAAUAAGUUUAGUUGCGACAUCAUUGAGAUGUCAGCGGGUAUUAAGUCUUAUUGUAGAACUGUGACCCCACCUCCCACCCUGAUGGCAUCUGUGGUUACCAUGGUUACAGAGGGAUAAUAAACGGUUUGAGCCUC